GCAUCGGGCUAGAGGCCCAAACGUGGGACCCAUCGCACGAUGGACACGAACCCGGCGGAGACCAAUCGUGUUUGCGCCUGGCGACCUGAGUCUUGUUUGCCCGUAUUUAAUGUGCAUGGGCACAAGGGCUUGGCUCGUUCACACGGUUCAAGACACUGUCAAUAUAAUGACAGUUUUUUGAAGCCGGAACGAACUCGCAUAGUUCUAUUUAUUAGAAAGUGCAGUGUUCAUGUAUUUAAACAGCACAUGUAAACAAGGCCCUUGAUGCUGAAAGCCUUUAGUUCCGCCGCCCGCAAUGAACUGAUACUUGAACACUAAACAGCGCGACCGGCAAGUUGCACCUACACCAAGUGUUGAACACCAACCGAUAUCCAUUGACCAUGGGGUGGGACCGCCAAGGCGUGCUGGAGCGCUGCGCCGUGAGCGCGGCCACGGCGUGGGGCUUCUACUUGAUGGCCCGCUUCGUCAACCACCGGUGGCAUAUGACGGCUCUGGAGGCGCAGCUGGUGGAGGCGCAGGCGGCGCUGGAGCACGAGCGAUCCAAGCGUAAGGCCGACCGCGUGGGCCGCAUCCGGGCGGAGCAGGAGCUGCGGACAGCCAAGGUGCAGCUGCAGCAGCUGCAGCUGCAGGCACAGGGACAGCAGGGGCAGGGGGAGCAAGGGGCGGCGGAGGCUGCAGCAGGUGCUGCAGCAGGGGAAGGGGAACGGGAGGACGCGGAGGCGGAGGAUGUGGAUGCGGAUGGGGACACGGGCACCAGCACCGGCGCCGCCGCGAACAGUACGGGGCGGCUGUUAGAUGAUCGCAAGCGCGCGGCGGCGGCGGCGGCGCUGGCGGCGGCGGGAGCAGCGAUGCCGGCCUUUCCCUUCCGGCCCAUUGGCCACCUGCAGUCGGUGUUCUCGGAGCGGAACGGCACGCCGCGUCAGCCGCAGCUGGUGCCCGCCGCGCGCAGCCGGCUGGUGCUGAGCCCCUCCGUGCCGGCGGCCUGCCUGGAGGGCAUUGAGCAGUACAGCCACGUGUGGGUGCUGUACGUCUUCCACGCCAACACGGACCUGGCCAAGUACCUGUCCCCCGACCGCUCCGGGCUCAAGGCCAAGAUCCACGUGCCGCGCCUCAACGGUGGCCGAAUGGGCGUGCUGGCCACACGCAGCCCGCACCGGCCCAGCCCCAUCGGGCUCAGCACGGCGCGCGUGGUGGGCGUGGAGAACGGCUGCCUGGUCCUGGGCGGCGCCGACAUUGUGGACGGCUCGCCUGUGCUGGACAUCAAGCCCUACGUGCCCUUCUGCGACUGCCUCGCAGCAGCCACAGCGCCCGCCUGGGUGCAGGCGGAGGCGGACGACGAGCCGCUGGCUGUGGGCGAGGUGGUGGUGGGCGCGGGCGCCCGCGCGGCGCUGACGUCAGCCUGGGCCGCCCGCCGGGAGCUGUACGGCAGGAAGGGGGGGCACGGCCCGAUGUACGGCAGUGCGGAGGAGUACCUGCAGCUGGUGCAGCAGGUCCUGUCCCGAGACAUCCGCUCCGUAAACCAGCGCCUCAACGUCAAACCCAUCCACCCAACAGCAGCAGCCACGGCAACAGCAACUGCAACAGCUGGCGGCGCCGCAGCCGCCGUGGCGCCCGCGAAUCCAGGGAGUCAUCCUAAUCCUGGGGUGUCGGGGGCGGCGGCGGCGGCAGGGGGCGGUACGGCGGCGGCUGGGCAGUACCACGUGGUUUUGGAAAACAUCUACAUCUCGUACGACAUAGAUCCGGGCAGCGGUGCCGUACAGGUGCGGGAUGCCUGGGUGGAUCCCAUCACCGCCGGGCUGGUCAAGGCGUAGGCUUGCAGCGUGUGCGUGGGAGGAUGUUCAAGGGCAGGGGCGUGCAGCGUGGCGCGGCAGAUUGUUGCAGCAGCGGCAGUAGCGAGAAAGGGUGGUGAUGGUGGUGGUGGUAGUGGUGUGUAUGUAUGGCAUGUACGCAUUGUGGUGUGCGUGGCUGGCGGCGGUGGUGUGCUGGCAUGCACGGGAAGCGGCAGAGCCUUGGUGAUUCGGGGGCGGGGGGGCGGGGGGCGGCAGCCUACACGCAAAACACACACGGACACACAACACGCCUGCACGUCCACCGUGUCAAGUUUGGUUCGUCAGUCGGUGGGCUUUGGCAGUGCUCAUCCGCAUACAGUGGGGUUGCGGGGCAUGAGCCAGUGCCAGUGGGGCGGCCUCGGUCGCCGAGUCAGACAUUCCUUCGUGCGUGCUGUGGAGGCGCAAAGCCCUGGUGGUGUGAUGGCGUCAUCAGGGCGUGAGGAGGUCUGGGCCCACUGUCUGGGACCGACGGACCCAAGAGCGAAAGGGCCUUGCAACUCCUCUUGAAGCUGUCCUCUAUGGUUGGGCAUGUAAGGGGGCGGGUUCUGUUUCGAAUGUUCUGAAGUUAGCGGUGCGUGUGCCCCGGGGAGGGGCGUGUCGGCAGGUCCCACCAUCCAACUCUGACUAUAUGUGUACACGGCCAUAACUCGAUUGUGACAAGUUUGACUAUUAUUGGAGAAUGGGUGACAAUAGUAGGUGAUUUGUGUAAGAGCGCGGCGAA